AAAAGCUUCCUUGAAGUCAACCAGCUCGUGAAGACUGCGCUCCGAAGCUUCGAUCAUCAUCUCGAGCCUUCGAGAUUAUCAUCACUGCUUGAAUCUCUUAUUCCCCAUUUCCGCUCUCCCUCCAUUCUUGGAUACACAUUACUACAAUCUUACCUCAAAUUCCCCAAUUUCAAGCAAAUUCGACAUAAUGGGAUGGUACAGAAGAUCGACAAGAUUCAUUUCCGAUGGUUUUCGUCGCCACACCUCCGCACCCAGAAUCCCCCUCCAUGAAUCCCCUUCUCUCUCUUCCAGAUCCGCGCCAAGAAUUUUGAGUUUGAGGCACUCACUUGCACAGAACCAACGGAAAAGCCCUUUGAUUGAUGGGGCAAAGAGGUCCUACUACGUGGACCGAAACAAAGUCCACCACUUCAAACCCAGGGGAUACAAACGGUGGAGUCAGAAUCCGAGAAUUCUAUUCUCGAUGGUUUUGGUAGGUUCUGGUGUUGUAAUCACUGUCUACUUUGGGAAUUUGGAAACCGUGCCCUACACAAAGAGAACCCAUUUCGUGCUUCUCUCGAGUUCUCUCGAGAAACAAUUAGGCGAGUCCAAUUUCAAGACUAUUAAAUCAGAAUACAAGGGGAAAAUCGUGCCCCCUCUUCACCCCGAGAGUAUUAGGGUUCAAAAGAUAGCUCAGGACAUAGUUGAGGCUGUGCAGAAGGGGCUGAGGAAGGAGCAGGUCUGGACUGACAUUGGCUACUCGUCUGAAAGCCUGGAGCCUCCUCAGAAUGCUAAACCGGAGGAGGCUGUGGGAGCAUUCGGUGCUGAUGAGGAGAAGUGGAUUGCUGAGGAUAAGUGGCGUAAGGAGGAUGAGAUUCUUGAUGAUGGAUGGGUUCAGAAAAGUAGGAAAAAGGGUCAAGAAGUUGGUGCAAAGUCUCAAACUUCACAUUUGGAGGGAUUCAAAUGGGAGGUUAUCCUUGUUAAUGAUCCUACUGUGAAUGCUUUCUGUUUGCCUGGUGGGAAGAUUGUUGUCUUCACUGGUUUGCUCAAUCAUUUUCGAGCGGAUGCUGAAAUCGCAACGAUCAUUGGGCAUGAGGUUGCUCACGUUGUUGCGAGGCAUGCUGCGGAGAAUAUCUCAAAAAACGUGUGGCUCACAAUCAUGCAGUUGAUUCUUUACCAGUUUUUCAUGCCUGAUGUUGUCAACACUAUGUCGAAUCUCUUCCUAAGGCUUCCUUUUUCCCGGAGGAUGGAGAUGGAAGCAGAUUACAUCGGAGUGCUUUUAAGUGCUUCUGCAGGGUACGAUCCUCGAGUAGCUCCCCAGGUGUACGACAAGUUGGGACAAGUCGGAGGUUCUUCAGCGCUGCAAGAUUAUCUUGCUACUCAUCCUUCCGGGAAGAAGAGAGCUAAACUACUUUCCGAGGCCAAAGUCAUGGAGGAAGCCCUUUCAAUAUACAGAGAGGUGCAGGCCGGCGGCCGGGGUGUCGAGGGUUUUCUCUAACUUCGAUUCUAUGUUUAACCAUUAUGUAAAUAAAGCAGCAGCCUCUUCUGUUAUUUCCCUGUGAAGACAAUAUUAGGGGAUUUUGAAUCCUUUUCUUUAAUUUAUCCCUCCAAAAGCUUUUAAUUAUGAAAGAAUGAAUAAGCUGUAAUUAAAAUUGCUUCUCUCUAAUUGAAGUAGACAGGUUCUUUCAAA